AUGAACACAACACGCCCCAACCCCAGAGGCCCCUUCCGUGAAAUAGGCCGAGGAUGCUGCGGCAGCAUCUGGAUCCGCGGAGCCAAUACCUGGGUCAUCAAACGCGAACUCAUGCAUACAAACCGCUCCGUCUUAAACGACUACACUAUGCAUCGACGAAUUAUCGCAGCAGACACCACAAAUACGCUUCCUGUGCGCAUACCGCAGUCUUACGAGGUCUUGGAGGCUGAUGAUGGCUGGUGGGAUAACAAUUUCACUUGCUUACCUCCAGGUGAAGAGCUGAGCAGGAGCUACAAGCAGGAGAGGAUACCUGCUGUAGGACUGCCUAUCCGCGAGAUGCUUAUCGACAGAUAUUGUCGCGAGACGCUGAAGGAGGCUACGAGGACGAGCAAGAAGAAUGAAGAUUGCCUUAUUCGAGUGUACACGGGCAAACGGAGACCAGAAGGACGCCCGCCUGGCAUGUUCUUCAACCUGCGCAACUAUGGUCUUUGCGUCGAUCAAAUGGAAGAGCUAGGUCUGGAUCCUGUUGUCAUCGCGAAGACCCUGGCCGAGGCGCUCGCGUAUUGUUACUGGAAGGCUGAGGUCGAUGCUAACGACGUGGAGUUUGUGCUCGCGCCAGCUACCGCCCAAGAAGAGUACAGACGAAACUCGUCAACGCCCAUCUUCACACUGCUAGAUCAAGAGCUCGUCAUCUGGAUGCUGGACUACGACUGCGUACGUACCAUGAGUCAAGACGCAAGUGGUAUCGCCCAAGCAGUCCACGCUUUCUGGCGCAACGACCCGUACUUCCCUCGACCUUUUGCCUACGGCCAUACACAUGCUGACACUGAAUUAUGGCACACAUUCAAGGCGCAUUUCCUCAACGUUAGCAGGCGCAUGUUGACAGAGAAAGAGCAGGACGGAAUGGUGAAGAGCAUACUAGACCUUCCGCAAGAGUGGAUAACCCAAGUAGAAGCCGAAGGCAGUCGACGCACAGCAAGGCAAGAAGAGCGACGUGAGUGA